AUGCGAAAGAAGUUGCAAGAGAGGGGUGCUAACUGUCCUAGUAGCUGCCCUGUUUGUGACAAUAGUGUCGAACAAACAAUCGAUCUUCUGUUUGGAUGUCAGUUCAACAAAGAAGUAUGGGACGUGGUUUGUUUGGAUGUAAUUGAGAAACGAAUGACUAUUACUUCAUCUCCUCAUAGUGUUAUCCUAAAUAGUUGUACAUCAGAGGAUAGUAUAUUGGUGAGUAAAAUGGCUAUGGUCAUAUGGAGUCUUUGGUGCAAUCGAAAUAAUAUUAUUUGGAAUAACAAGAGAUCAACGCCUUCUCAACAAGUCAAUGUGAUGGGGAUGGCCAAUUCUCUAUGUGAGGAUUGGAGGCUAGCAAAUUAUAUUAGUGAGAACUCAUUAGACAGUUGUAGUGAGAAUCCUAUUCAAAGUUGGGUGAAACCUCCAGAGGGUUGGUUGAAGUGCAAUGUUGAUGCAGGUUUUCAUCCUCACCAAGGAGUGUCUUCUUUGGGUGUUUGUAUUCGUGAUGAGAGGGAGUUUUUGUUAGAGCUCAUACGACAUUGCGGGAACCGAUGUUGCAGGUAA